UAUAUUUAGAUUUUAUUUGUAAACAUGCCAACAGAUUGUUGCGCGCCUGGGUGCACACAACGGCAAACAAAGGGAGGCGAUAUUCAUUUCUAUCGCUUUCCUAAGAAUGAAGAAAGACGAUGGAAAUGGAUAAGUGCAAUGAAGCGAAUGCAGUUCGACAACCCAAACACACUGUGGGAACCACUUCACAAUGAACGACUAUGCAGCCUUCAUUUUGUAUCGGGUCAGCCAUCAACAGAUGCCAACCAUCCUGAUUAUGUCCCAAGCCGCUUCCACUUCACGCCAAUACUGGAGCAGACACCAAAAGCCAUGGACCGGUAUCAACGUGCUGUAAAAAGAAGGUGCCUCGUUUUUUCUCCGCAGCCAGAAAAACAGAACACUCCUCUCCCCGAAGAUUUACAGACAGCCGCCCUCGGCUUGCUAGAUCUUGGUGUAUGCCUUCCAAAAUAUCAAACUACAGGUACUGACCCUGAUCCAGAUCAUUAUGGAACUGGGUGAACUAAAGAAGAGUCACUCCAUUCUUCAAGAGGAAUACCAGCAUCUCCUAAACGAGAACAGGGCUAUGAAGGAUACAGUGGAAGCUUCCAAGUUCACGUACAGAAACUUGAACAAUUCUACAAUGCUUACAUGACAGGAUUGCAAAGUGUUAAUUUGUUCAGAUUGAUCUUGUCCUUUGUGUGUCUGUUAUUGAAACCAAUGGGGAAGUUAUGUGCUGGUAACAUUCUCCUUAUGGUUUUGAUGAAAAUUAAACUAGGAUUGACAAAUAAAGACUUAGCAUUGAGGUUUAAGGUAGCCCCUACCCAGGUCUCAGCCAUCAUAAUCAAUGCCAUCCCUGUGAUUGCAGACAAGCUCAGUUGUUUGAUAUGUUGGCUGCCAAAGGAAGAAAUAAUUAAAAAUCUACCUAAGGCUUUCAAGAGGCAUUAUAGAAAAACCAGAGUUAUCAUAGACUGCAGUGAAUUAUUUAUCCAGCGCCCAUCCAACCUGAAUGCGCGAGCAGAGUCCUGGUCCAACUAUAAACAUCAUAACACUGCUAAGUUUCUAAUUGGCAUUGCACCGCAUGGAACUGUGACCUUCUUGUCUCGGGCAUGGGGCGGACGUGUGUCGGACAAGCAACUGACUGCGCAAUCAGUUUUUUUUUGAUAAACUAGAACCAGGAAAUUUGGUAAUGGCAGACCGAGGAUUUCUCAUAGCUGAAGAACUUGCAGCUUAUAAUGCCUCCCUCGCUAUUCCACCCUUUGCCAAGGGAAAACAACAGUUCUCCCAGAAGGAAGUUGAGCAUGCGCGUCGACUGUCGCAACUGCGAAUUCAUGUGGAGCGAGCCAUAGAGCGUAUUUAGCGCUUUCAGAUAUUGAAAAACCUUAUUCCAUUAACGAUUACACGCCAUCUGGAUUCGAUUUUGACAAUAUGUUGUGCCAUUACCAAUGUAUUGCCAAAGCUGGUAAAGUAAUAAGACACUGUUUGACUUAAAGUGAUACAUCGAAUGUAAAAACAUCAAGUGUGUGUGAUAAUCUUUAUUAGCAUGGCCAUAGUACAUAAUGUUAAUUUGUACUGUGUAUGUUCAAAUAUAUCAACAUGUGCUUUUGUUCAAAUAUAUUAACAUGUGCUUUUGUUCAAAUAUAUUAACAUGUGCUUUUGUUCAAAUAUAUUAACAUGUGCUUUUGUUUAAUUAUAUUAACAUGUGCUUUAUGUCAAAUGAA